AUGUCAGAUGAUGACAAUGAUAGCAUCGAUCCUUCCGAAGUUUCCCAGCAAAUUGUAUCAGAGCUACCAAAUACGCUACCACCAAAAAAACAAAAAGCGACUCAAAAAUAUUCCAAACAUUGGGAGAAACAGCUGACGUGGUUAUCUCCUAGUACGGAUUACUCUACUGGAUUUUGUCGAGCAUGUAAGAAGGAUAUUAAAAUUUCCGCUGGCAUUAAAGAUUUGCUGAAGCACGCUGCGUCUCAGAAGCACCAGCAGAAUGAAAGGGCACUCGCUAUACCUAUGAAAUCUAUUAACGCAUUCGCGAACUCAAGCUACAACGAUAGACUACGAAAUGCUGAAUUACAGCUUUGCGCUUGGGGCGCGGCGCAUAAUAGAUCUGCAGUGGAAAUCGAAGAGUUUGCAGUUCUCAUGGCUCGUCUCUGUCCUGAUUCGACCAUUGCAAAGGGGAUUAAACUGGGACGAACGAAGGUAAACUCUAUAAUUUCCAAUGUUGUCGGUGAGGGCUUUCAUGAGGAACUAACAGGGCAUCUGCAAAUAUCUAAAUUUAGUUUGAUUGUGGACGAAUCCACCGACAAAAGCUGUAAAAAGUCUCUUGCUAUGAUAACGAGAACAUACUUUUGGGAAAAUUCCAGGACGCUGUAUGCGUUGGUAAUCAAUUCGUUUGACAAGGACAAAAUUCCGUACAAGCAAAACAUGUUAGGUUACGCAGCAGACGGUGCAAAAAACAUGACGGGGGAAAAUUUAUCUCUAGCUGCUUUACUGAAAAAUGAUUGUCCUUCACUUUUCGUGUUAAAAUGUGUUUGCCAUAGCUUUGCGUUGUGCUCGUCCUAUGCCUGCAAACACAUUCCCGAUUAUGUCGAGCAGCUUUGUCGAGACAUUUACAAUUACUUAAAUUGUAGCCCCUUGCGUACAAGUAAAUUCAACGAGAUACAGUCCUUAUUAGACCUUACGCCAUUAAAAAUGCUUCAUCCAAGUGCCACGCGGUGGUUAUCGCUAGAAGGCGUGGUUCAGCGGGUACUAGAUCGGUAUGAAUCGCUUAAAGUUUAUUUUGGUUUUGCAGUUAACAUAGAUCGCGUGGAGAAGGGGAAAGUAAGUUCAAUUUAUGAAGCAUUGAAUAGUUUUGAAACGAAAUUAUAUCUCUCGUUUCUCUCCUAUAUCCUACCCUGGGUAAACCGACUAAAUAAGCUCUUUCAGAGUGAAAAUCCCGCAUUAUAUUCAUUACACGCGAAUGUAUCAAUGCUUUACAGAACAAUAUUAGACAAUUUUAUGAAGCCAGAAUAUCUCACUAAUUUAAAAAGUUUAAACGAGGUUAAGUUUGAACCACCAAAUUACCUCAGGGAAAAUGAUGUAUAUGUGGGCGUAGCUGCAGAUUUGUUAAUUCGCGAAUAUAUUUCUGAAGGAAAAAUGACGAUAGAGAAAAUAUUUGAAUUCAAAGUCAAUAUAAUAAGAUUUUACAUAACGCUUGCCAAUCAAAUUCAAAGCAGAAUUAAUUUUAAUGAUGUGAUAAUGAUUAAUAUGGAAAUUAUUGAUCCAAAAAAUGUUAGAGCAAGAAAACAUUCAAGUAUUCUCCCACUACUGUUGUGUUUCCCGCAUUUGAUAAACAAAGAACUACUUCAAAAUUUUGAUGAUGAAUUCAGAGAAAUUUUAAAUAUAGAUUUCACCACGAUCGAUGCCCAUGAUGCGGUAACAUUCUGGGGAAAAGUUUUGUCAAUUAAGAGAUUCUCAGACUCAAUGGCUUUUCCACUUCUUAGGGAAUUGAUACCAAGUCUCUUGAUUUUGCCACACUCGUCAGCAGCUGUGGAAAGAUUGUUUUCACAGUUUAAUCUUAAUAAAACCAAAAUUAGAAAUAGAAUUGGAACGGACACUAUGAAAGCAUGUUAUCAAAAAUCCCGAAGUAACUAUGUGCUCGUACUGAACUAUAGUUGCAACUGUCCGGUACAAGAGUUUAAUUUAAUCGCUGCUGUAAUGCAACUGUUUAUGAAAUGGUGGUAA